AGAAAACGUUAUCCAGAUAUUCUGACGAUUGACUGACUAUGACGUUCGCUGCUUUGUUUUGUGUCCUGGCGUUGGCUUUUGGAGGAUCUCUGGGAUGUGAUUCCACAGAGUGGAAUUUUGUGACAGGCAAUAACAAUGGUAAUAAAGUCCGCUUGACUGUCGGUCUCAAUCGACGCAACAUGAUAAUAAUUCCUGACGAAGUGAAAGAUCGUAAACGGUGCUCUGUGCGAACAAUCAACCUGCAUGACUUUGAAGAGGGUUUGGUUGCCAUAAAGGACCCAAUAAAACGGUCCUGCUGGGUGAAACCUCUUGGGAAGACAGAUACAUAUGAAAAUGCAAAACAGGCUUUUAAUAGUGGAAAUGACGUUAUACAGACUACUGAAGAUUGGUUGGUUCCUAAACGGGCUCUUGACAAAGACCAAGUGCUAAGAGAGGUCGGAAAUCUGUUGGCCGAUUUCUGCUCGGAUUCGGAGGUCUACAUGCUUACACGAGAUACACCGUCCACAAACCUACCAGCGAAAAACAAGAGAGAAGAUUGUGACUUCAUUUGCUUUGGUUGUCUUGUUCGUGCAAAUCCCUUGGCUAACAACCUAGAGUGAAUCAAUGAGGUGAAGAGGAGUUACGAAAUGAAAACAAAAUUAAGCGUCAUGCCGUUAUAAUUUAAGUUAGCAAGUAAUAAAAGAGUUCUGAACAGCAA